AGAAGUUUGGGCUCAGUACAGGGGUAAAUGGGUGAGAGUGUUUGGCCUGUGGCACAGAUCAGACUAGAUGAUCUAAUCUAUAUUGGGAGGUGGGCCAAUGUAAACAUAACUGACCAAUGGACCAGGGCUAUGAAAGUCAGACAACCUGGCACUAUCACUGCAUCCCACUCACUCGCUGUCUGGUUUGUUAUUUCUCCUGUUCCCAAGAACAAGCUACGAUGACAGGGAAGGUUCCCUCGUUCUCCCCUGGCUGCACAGUGAGCUCCGCUCUGCCCGGCUACGUCGCUCUCUGCCUCGCUCUACAGGUUCCCAGGCUGGUGUCAGCACAAUUCACAGUGACUGGACCUAACCAUCCAAUCGCUGCCUCCCUAGAUGGGGAGGCCGUCCUGCCCUGCCACCUCUCCCCCAGGAUAAGCGCUGAGAACAUGGAGGUGAGAUGGUUCCGAUCCCAGUUCUCUGCAAUCGUGCACCUGUACCGUUAUGGGCAGGAUCAGUAUGGACAGCAGAUGCCGGAAUAUCGAGGAAGAACUGAGCUCUUGAAAGACGACAUCACCAAUGGGAGAGUUUCCCUGAGAAUACAUGAUAUCCGGCCCUCCGAUGAUGGACAGUAUACGUGUUUUUUUAAAUCCAACGUGUCUUAUGAAGAAGCUUUAUUAGAACUGCAGGUGGCAGGUCAGUAACUUGUUCUGACAUUUAACGUCUUCAACAGGG